AGAUUUUAGUUUGACCCUGUGCAAACCAAUUUUAUACUGAUUAUGCCAAGUGCAAUCUAUUAGUGUCCCUAAUUUUGAUUCAAUGCGUUUAACCUGCACAUUGACAGGCCAGUGAUCAACAAUUUGUGAUGGCUCAACAAAAAGCCAACUAACGAUAAAACAACUAACAAAAGAUAAAAAAAAUAAAUAAAAAAAAUCACUACUAAGCUACUAUAAUCACAUAAUGCAUACUUUGUGGCUCAUUUUGCCGCAUAUUUUAAUAGUUCCGCACCAAAUACUCGGUUUGAGAAGCACCAACAAAGAUCAUGAAGAAACGUACAAAGGAUAUUACAACUACGCUGACAUGACCGAUCGUCUUCAGCGUUUUUCUCAAAAGUACGCACAUAUUUGCAGCCUCUCGAGCAUCGGACAGUCUGUCGAGGGAAGGGAGCUUUGGGUCAUGAGAAUAACAACGAAUCCGACUACGGACGUACCGGGCAAACCGAGGUUCAAGUAUGUGGGCAACAUCCACGGGGACGAGGCUUUAUCGAGGCAGUUGUUAGUGUAUCUGAUUGAGUACCUGUUGACUCAGUAUGGCCGCGAUGUGAGCGUAACAGAGCUGUUUGACUUGUCUGGGAGUCUACAUGGGGGCUCAGUGAUGGCCACCUACCCCUUUGAUGACGGCAGUUCUUAUGCAACCUCAGGGCUGACUGCAGAUGAUGCGGUGUUUCGCCAUUUAGCACAAACCUACACUGAGAACCAUCCCAUUAUGAGGAUGGACAAUCCUGGCUGUCCUGACGUUCCAGACAAAAACUUGGGAGAUGGGGGAAUGCAGGAUUACAACUACUUCAAAGGGAACUGUUUUGAAGUCACUUUUGGGUUGAGCUGCUGCAAGUAUCCACCAGCUUCUCAGCUUUUCACAGAAUGGACCAAUAACAAGGAGGCCCUUCUUGCCUACAUACACCAAGCUCAUAUUGGAGUGAGAGGUUUCGUAAUGACCAGAUCAGGCUUUGGUCUCCCAGAUGCAACAAUCUCCGUUUCUGGAACUGAUCACAACAUCACAACCUGGAUGUUUGGUGAUUAUUAUCGUCUGCUGCUGCCUGGAAGAUAUGACAUCACUGCUAGCUCACCUGGAUACCUUUCAAAUACGGUCAAGAAUGUGCCAGUGAUUGAAGGCAAAGCCACGCUGUUAAACUUCACUCUCGAGGAACCUGUAGAGGAGAUGUUAAUGCUAGAUCCCUCUGAACAAGCUGUGGUAAUCAAUGAAGGUCUGAACACACCUGGGCCUCCCACCUCAAUGUCUCCAAUCCAUACUUUGGAUUUCCGAUAUCAUAGUUAUGAUGAAAUGGAGAUGUUGUUGCAGCUGCUUAGUGCUGUCCAUCCUUCCAUCACUUACCUGAACUCUGCUGGACGAUCAGUGCAGGGCAGGAAUCUUUAUGUAAUGGAGAUAUCCACCAAUCCUGGUGUUGAUCAGCAAGGCAAACCAGAGGUCAUGUUUUUGGGUAACCUGCAUGGAAAUGAGUUUAUCGGACGUGAGAUUCUCCUAAACCUGGUUGAGUACUUGUGCCGCAAUUAUGGCAAAGAUCCAUUGGUCACACGUCUGGUCAAUAGUACAAGAAUUCACAUCAUGCCUUCCAUGAACCCAGACGGGUAUGAAUUAGCACUAAAAGCUCACAACGAACGGGUUUCGGGAGACCUAAGUAUUAUUGGACACGGUAACAGUCACCGUGUUGACCUGAAUGCGAAUUUCCCUAAACAGUCAGGAACGGGAAAUGCCGUUGAAGCAGAAAUUCAAGCAGUGAUAAACUGGAUCAAGGAUCACUUCUUCGUACUGUCUGCAAGUAUACGUGGAGGGUUUAGGGGAGUCGUCUACCCCAGUUCCCUUGACUCUGUUGAUGAGGACAUGUUUAAAUCGGUUGCAAAAGCCUAUUAUGUGCAAUCUCAGGCUUUUCAAGAGCCUCAGGCCUGUGAUGUGCCAAGAACCAGAGAGAAAAAAGGCAUUAAGCACUAUCGUCCAGUAGUCACAGGAAUUGAUAUGCUGACUUGGGCAUAUCACAGCACAGACACUUUAGCCGUUAACAUUGGUCUGAGCUGUGAACUGCUUCCACCAGAGGAGUUGCUCUCGGAAUACUGGGAGAAGAAUUACGGAGCGCUCUUGCACUUUAUACAACAGGUUCAUUUGUUUGUGAGGGGUAUGGUGACUGAUGGUCAUUCUGGCAAAGGCAUUGCUAAUGCCACAGUCGUGGUGGAAGGCUCAAGCCAUCAUGUGCACACCAGCAGCACGGGCCAAUACUGGAGACCUCUGGCUCCUGGUUCUUACCAUAUCACUGCUUCUGCUCCAGGUUAUACUCCAAUAUCAGCAUCUGUCCGGGUGUUGGAGACUCGGGUGGAGCAGGUGGACUUCAAGCUGACUAGAGGUACAUUGUCUGUUGAGGAAGGAGAACAGAAGGACUUUGAGAAACUGGUGGAGUGGCUUUUAGCCCCUGGUGAGUUGGAUCAGUUGGUCCGCAGCCUUCUCCCUGCUCAGACCUUGCGGUACCGAACCUACAGGGAACGUUCUGAGUUCCUGCGUGGAUUGACCUUAAACUUUCCUCGCAUCACACGGCUGUACAGUUUGGGUCAAAGCACUGAGAUUAGAACUAUCUGGGCUCUUGAGAUCGCUGGCAAUUUGGAGAUCAGUCAAGCUGCUGAACCCAAGAUCCGUUUUGUGGCUGGAGUCCAUGGUAAUGCAGCAGUAGGUCCAGAGUUGCUGCUUGAAUUUGCUUCUGUUCUCUGCCUAAACUAUGGCAGGAGUCCCACCAUCACUAAGCUGAUUGACAGGAGCAGGAUACUGAUUCUCCCAUGUGUGAACCCUGAUGGUAGAGAGCAGGCACAAGAGGGAUUCUGCUCGCCCAGAUCAAAAGUGAAUAUAUCCUCAGACAAAGUGACCAGCCCCAUUGUGAUCGACUUUACAGCGGACAGGGCUUCCCUAAGUCAGGCAGUCUUUGUAAUUGCCACAGCCUCUUUGAUGAGCGUCUUGAUCUGCGCUCUCCUCAUCUGGCACCUUCGCUCUGCCAAGUUCAGCCGCAUACGAGACGGGGUUCGUUGGUUGCGUCGUAAGAGGGACGUCCUCCAAAUGGAAGCAAUGGCUUCAGAGAAGUCACCCUUGCGACAGGAGUUCCUGGAUGAGAGCGAGAGUGAAGAUGACCCUUUCCUUGUGGAGGGUCGCUGAAUGUGCUGUCACAGUGUUCAAGAAUAAAAUGUCAUUCUGUCUUUAUAGUACGUCAAAUGACUUUGUGAACGACAGAUGCAGAUCUGUCAACGUUUAGUAAACAGUGUAUUUUUCAACCUUUGGUCUCCUAAACUUCAUAUAAUAUAUGCAUUUACCAGGCUUGUUGCUAGUGGUGGAUGCACAGCUAGUCAGGUGUUCAAACGUUUGUCAUUGGAUUAACAGCAGGUGGCAGUAAAGCA